UUCCUUUACUAACAGCUGUACAAGUUAGCUGCAGCCUUUCAGCCACACCCACACAGACACGCAGUCAUUUCGUGCAUUAGUGAGUCUUUUAUAGAUUACAGAUGUUUCAUCGUUCUUCUGGCUGAGUGGAAAUGGUGGUGGAGAUCUUUGCGAGUGCAGACACUGUUAGAGGUCACGACCCCGACACAGAGAAGGAAGGCGGUGACACAAAGAAAGCCCCAGACACAGAUCUGAACACAGGAGGAGAAACUGCAUGGAGCAGGUGUUACAGAGUGACUGUAGUGUGUGUGGUGCUGCUGUGUGUUCUCCUGCUGACUGCCGUCACGGUGCUGUGGAUCAAAUUCACCAUUCUGAAUACAGAAAAUAACCAGUUACAGACCAGUUACAACAACCUGACUAAAGAGAGAGACCAGUUACAGACCAGUUACAACAACCUGACUAUAGAGAGAGACCAGUUACAGAGGGAGAUAGAUGGAUACCGGAGUACACUUCAUCUGUGUUAUAAAGGGAGGUGUUUCAACUUUGACUCCAGUGUUUACUACAUGUCUAAUGAGGAGAAGAACUGGGAGGAGAGCAGACAGGACUGCAGGGAGAAAGGAGCAGACCUGGUGAUCAUAAACAGCAAGGAGGAACAGGAGUUCAUCAGUAAAAUCCUGAGCAGAAGAAAAGCUUGGAUUGGACUGAAUGACAGAGACAGAGAGGGCGAGUGGAAGUGGGUGGACGGUACACCGCUGAACACUGGGUUCUGGGGACAAAGCGAACCCAACAGUGCUGCAGGGGAAGAGGACUGUGUUGUAAUUCAUGAUCACACUGAUCCUGUCUGGAACUGGUCUGAUUAUCCCUGUAGUCGUCAGUUUAUUUGGAUCUGUGAGAAGACAGUCGUUAUCUGAAUUACUGCAUGUGAUUGAAAAGCAGUAAAUAAGUUGAUAUUUUUAUCUGUGUAGGUCAGUGUGUUGUGUCUGAAAAAUCCUCAUUACUGUUAGUAACUCUGUCACCACCAUCAUGUCACCUGAUUUUCUUUCUGAACCGAUUUUCCCAUUCUGUGUGUUUUUUUUUUUAAUGAACAUGCAAAAUAACAGUGUGUGCUCGCUCCAGUGCUAUUCUGUUACCUGUUGAAUAAUGAGUCACACUGUUAAAUUAAACCAAAUCAAGCAGUGAUUAAUCAUAUAUUGGAAAUAUACUAAGUUCCUAUCAGAUGUUAAUUAGGUUUCUGAACUUGGUAACAGACUAAUUGAUGUUCAUUUGUUUUUUAGAGAAACUCGUGAAAAUAAUGUAUAAAAGUCUCUGAUCUUA